AUGACACAGCACAGCAUGUGCAUUCCGGAGCGGAUAAGCGCAAGCGGGGGCAGCAUUUCGGAUUUCAUGGCCGAGCUGGCGGCGCUGUUCUGGUUUGAGUCGACGAAACUGCUGGAGAAGGUCGAAGGGUUGGACAAGGUGGCUCCAGGCACGCCGGUACCAGCGCUCGCGCCCACGGCGGCCGCGAGCCAGCAUUUCAAGAAGUGGGUUUCGACAGUACUGGCGACGACCCAGGUCACACAGAACGUCGUUAUUCUCGCCCUGCUCUACAUCCACCGACUGAAGAAGGCGAACCCCACGGUUAGGGGCCGCCCGGGAAGCGAGUACCGGUUGUUGACGGUAGCCCUGAUGCUCGGCAACAAGUUCCUGGACGAUAACACCUACACGAACAAGACUUGGGCGGACGUGUCCAACAUCUCGGUCAACGAAAUCCACGUCAUGGAGGUCGAGUUCCUGAGUAACAUGCGGUACAGCCUCCUGGUCUCGGCCGAGGAGUGGGAGCAGUGGCUCGACAAACUAACCCAGUUCUGGUCGUACCUGGAGCUGGCGCAGCAUGUGUCUCCCACGCCAUCUCCGCUCCUGAUCCCGUCGCCGACCCGGAACUUUGUCUCGCCCCUGCACUCACCAACCGCGGCGCUGGCCUCGGGCUUGCAGUCGACGACCCAUUCGUUCGCGUUGCAGUCGCCGAACUUGGCUCCCAUGACGAACGGCGGCCAGAACUGGCCAGUCUCGUAUGGUAACAACAAUGCAAUCUCGCCAUUGAAGCCCCAACCACACCUGCACCGGAAGCGGAGCUUUCCCGAAGAAGACUCGGUCGAGCACCCGGCCAAGCGCGCGAAUCGGGCCGUUGUCGGACAGGGGCAGCUCCCGUCUCACGCGCCAGUGCAGUACACGGCUUCCCAAGCGCAAUUCAGUCGCCCCAGUGUCGGCAAUGUGGCUCCUAUGCAGUCGCGGCCGGUAUCUGGCCUGCCCUCGGAUCACGGCCGGCAGCAUGUGCCCAGCUUGACGCUGAACACGGGCCAGGCCACCGAUAUGCCGGUCACGCAGCCCCAAGCUUACACCUCUUCGACCUACGCACCGCAGCAGGCCCCGCUCUCAUUGCCGCCUCUCGCUUCCGGCGUUCGGGCCAUGUCGAUGGUCUUCCCGACCACCACUUAUGCCCCGCCAACAUCUGUUCCUGCCACGUGCGGGGCGAUGACCCCGACAGCGAGUUUCCCGCCUCUGAACUACGGAACCCCGACGAAGCGGCUGUCGCCUCAAAACGCGCUGCUCGCCUACCCCGGUUCUUCUCCGCUCGUCGUGGGCAACGGUGGCGCCAGCGGGCUGCACACGCCCAUCUCGCACUCGCCCUCCAUUUACCUCCAGCAGCGUAACAGCCCGUACAAGCCCGUGCGGCACGUCAAUACGUUGCUCUACCCGCCGCCAUCGGCUUUCCUACAACAAUACCACCUGCCGAACCCGGUGUUGCCUAACCAGAUGCAUUACCAGCCGCUCGGGAAGCGCAACGAGUAUCGCACCGGUAUCGUCCCCGAAUUUUUGGAUGGCGCUCACCGGCUCGCCGGCUACACCGUGCCGCAAAUGCUGCCGAAUCCGCACCCGCACGCCCACCAGCCCCGGGGACAGUAUCAGCUGCCAUUCACCACGCGGCCCGGGGCUCCGUAUCCCGGGCAGUACUAG